UAUUAUACCACGUGACUAGUUGUGUUGUCUGUUCUGUGGAGAUGCUACAAACUAUGCUGACAAACUCCGAUAAUGGAAGGAGAAACGUAGUGUUGGUGGAUCCAUAAUUAGCUGUAGAAACAUAGAAAUCAAAUAACACAAACAAAGACCUGUUGGGUAGAUACAGCAGAUACAGCAGGUCACCACGUUCCAUCCUUGGCCACCUGAUAACUGGAGUUAGCUUUCUUGCUAAGCCAGUCGAGAAGAUCCAAAUGCGGCUGAAAGAACCCUCAUCUUUAAAAACCGCCGAUAUGACAAAGCGGUCUAAUAAGCCGAAGAAACCUCGGGAUGAGGACUCGUCGGAUGAGGUUAACGGCCUGACAUGUCAGCAUGUAAGCAAGGCUGUGGAGCUGAGCUCGGUGAAGAAGGCAGUGGCGAGCAGCCUGUGGUCUGUCUGUGCCGACUGCCUGAGGGAAAGGGACAUGAUUGACACAGAGCAAGCAGAUGCGCAUGACAUCCUGGUGUGCCUCAAGUGUGGCUUCCAGGGCUGCAGCCAGUCAGAGAGCCAGCACUCAGUGAAACAUCAGCAAGCUCAUCACUCUGACUCUCACUGCAUCAGUAUCAGUCUUAGCACCUGGAAGGCCUGGUGCUUUGAAUGUAAUGAAGAACUGUCCACCCACUGCAAUAAAAAGGCUUUAGCUCAGACUCUGGACUUUUUACAAAAGCACUCUGCAAAGUCAGCCACAGGAACGACGUCCAAAAUCAUCAAGCUUCUAGAGGAGCCUGCAGAGAGCUCAGAGCCCCAGAGGGGGAAGAGUGUCGUCCACAGCACCUUCAUCCCUGUCAAAGGCAUUAACAACCUGGGGAACACAUGCUUUUUCAAUGCUGUCAUGCAGAAUCUGUCUCAGACACACAUGCUCAACGACCUCAUUCAGGAAGUGAAGGAGAAAGGGCACAAGUUGAAGAUUAGCCCCCCUCCGGAGACUAACUUGGGGCCGUUGACAGUGACUGUGCCCGGGCCAGAGCCUCUCACCUCAGCCAUGUUCCUGUUCCUGUACAGCAUGAAGGAGCCAGGGAAGGGACCCGUCUCCCCCAAGAUCCUCUUUAGCCAGCUCUGUCAGAAAGCACCACGUUUUAAGGGCUUCCAGCAGCAAGACAGCCAGGAGCUUUUGCACUACCUGCUGGACUCUGUCCGCGUGGAGGAGAGUAAGCGAAUCAAAGCAGCAAUUCUAAAAGCGUUUAAUAACCCCACUGAGAAGACCGCCGACGAGGAGACCAAGCGGCAAGUGAAAGCAUAUGGCAAAGAGGGGGUAAAACUGAACUUUGUCGAUCGCAUCUUCGUUGGAGAACUGACCAAUACCAUUAUGUGUGAAGAGUGUGAACAUAUUUCUACGGUGAAGGAGGCUUUUAUCGACAUCUCUCUGCCUAUUAUUGAGGAAAGGAUCUCCAAACCCACCAACCCAGGAAGACUGGGCAAGACUGGCCGGGAGCAGGAAUGCCUGGGCUGCCAUGGCGACGAGCCAUCUGCAUCCCAUUCCCAGGCCAAUAGGAAUGGUAGGAGGCUAAGUGGACAGAAGUUGCAGGCUCAGAGGCCACCCACAUGCUAUGAGGAGAGAGGAGUUGAAUCCAUAUCCGAUCGACAUGAAGAUGACAUCUCUUCAGUUGGGCGAGGCUUAGCAAGGUGCCAAGUCGACAACACAGCCAGCCAAUCUGACGUUAGUGAGAAAGACUCCUCCCCUCAGGACAGCAGUAACGAUGCAGACAGUGAGGCGUCAGAGUCCGAAUGGUCACCGCGAGCCUCCACAGGCUCCAGCCUCACCGGUCUAUCCAGGGUACCCUGCACAGUAGCCUCCACCCAUAGCCCUGCCCCUAACCCCACCCAUGGUCCUGCAACCUCCCCCAUGACCCUGCCCUCCCUGCGAGGCCAGCAAGGCAGUGCUGUGGAACAGCUGGUGAGUGCAGUGUCUAAGCUUGGCCUGGUGCACACCUCCGUUGACACACUGCCCCUUGGCCAUGGGCAAGACGAGAGGGAGCGCCCACACCACCAGGGGGCAUUCCAGGCGCUGUCGCACAGCUAUACUCCGGUGUCGAAGGAAUGCUCAGUUCAGUCCUGCCUGCACCAAUUCACCUCUGUCGAGCUGCUGAUGGGUAACAACAAGCUGCUGUGUGAGAACUGCACAGAGCGCCGGCACAAACAGCUCAGGAGGAGUGGAGGAGCAGAUAAGAAGGCCGUGUACACGAGUGCUCGGAAGCAGAUGCUGAUCUCAGUGCUGCCCCCAGUGGUCACACUGCACCUCAAACGCUUCCAUCAGGCAGGGAUGAAUUUGAGGAAAGUCAAUCGGCACGUGGACUUCCCCCUCAUCCUGGACCUGACGCCUUUCUGCUCGGCCUCCUGCAAGAGUCUAGGUUCUGGGGACCGGGUUUUAUAUGGUCUGUACGGCAUUGUGGAGCAUAGUGGAUCUAUGCGUGGUGGGCACUACACGGCCUAUGUGAAGGUCCGUGCACCGCAACGCAAAUCAGAGCAGUCCAGGAACCACACAGGCUCAAGGGAGGCCAUUUCAGCCCCUCCAGGCCAGUGGGUUUAUGUCAGCGACACCAGCGUCCAAACCGUACCCGAAUCCAGAGUGCUGAACUCCCAGGCCUACCUACUAUUCUAUGAGGAGCUCUUAUAAGGGGUGUUGUUCAAUCAGUGAGGCACAGAGAGAGGACCUGCUGCAGCGCACUAACUGCAUGACUCCAGAUGCUCUUGCUGAUCCCCACAGCCUCAGCCACUGUUAUCAACAACCAGACCACAGUUUGACAGCUGAGCUUAAUGCACCACAGGAAAAGACAGGGGGCCCCAGUUGCUCUCAGAAGUGGAAAAUUGUGUUCUAAAUUUAGAAUUAUUUAUAUUUUACAGCUAAUAUUUGAUAGUAUAGCCUAGAUGGAUUGUUGAUUAUUUUUUGUUUGAUAGAAAGAAUGCCAAAGACAAUAAGACAAUGAAGACUAUGGAAUGUGCCAAAAGACUCGCUCUCUGGUUUUGCUGUGAAAAGGAAAGUCAACCUGGUGUGCUGAGUUUGCAUGGGUGGCUGGGGUUCCUCCAGUGCGCUGAACACCAAGCACACAGACACUCAUCAGCGCAACUGUAUCGCGCCAUUCUAAAGAAUAUAAGAACUACACCCAUGAGGUACCCUGCUUCGGAAACAAUAAAUGCUAUGUUUAUUUUUUCUUUCAUUUAUGUUUGCAUCCCCCCUGACUGUCUCAUGAUUUACAACUGUUUUAGAGCUGUGCAGGGCAGGACACUUAGGGUGUAACUGUCAUCCAUUUUGAUUUGUAGGUGCAGCAAAGCAAGUAAAACGCUAAAAGUGUCACCAGUUGUUUAAAAGGUGAUGACAACAGCCUCUGUGGGGGAUGAACUGAUCCCCAACCCCUAUCCAUGUCUUACUUUUGAUGUUGAGUGCCUGCUUCUGUUAGGUGCGAGUUUGCAUGUCUAAUUCUUAAUAACCUUGAUCAUACUAAAACACAAGGAUGAUUAUGCAUACUGGUUAGCAAUACACAUGUACGUACUACAUGUAAAAUACCCAGGCUCCGCUAUAUCUUGCAUAUUCUAUGUAACAUGUAUAGGUGUUGACACAUUUCUGUGACCCUUACGUGUUUGAAUUUUUUCUCCUUUAAUUUUGUGCAUAUAACUUUAUCAUCUGGUAAUUACAUCAUGAAAGAUGGCAUCUUAAAUCCGUGUCGCUCGAGUGAUGCAUGGAAUGUCUUGACUGAUCGGACUGAUACGUUGUAAAAACUGCAUCGCGAUGGACUUGUGUGUCGUGUUUCGUUUCUUACGCGUGCACUGAGCUUCCCAUUACUCCGCACGUCUCCGCAAAUCCCGGGAUGCCAUUCUCACUCCCUGUGUGGUGACACGUGCAAAGGCACGCUGCUCGGGAACAUGCCGACAGCUGGUAAAGAGGAGGUGGGUGUGGAAUCGGCUAAAGGCCAACGUCCGAAACCAUCAUGUCCGCCGCCCGCCACAUCCAACGCAAGCUAUUAGGACGUUACCGCAGCGUGUCAAGACAACGACAGAAACGCGCAAUUUUUGUGAAGUGAACGGCUAUUUUGGAAGCAGAGUUGCGUCGGAGGAACGCUAUCGUUGAGGACUGGAGAUGAUUUAAUUAGAGCUAAUGACAGGCACCUCCGUGAUCGCGAUGUGGGCAGACGUACGCGCCGCUGGAGGAGAGGCGACGUUCCCUUAAGCAACAACCUGCUGCACGUGUCGCGCAGCCUUAAAUAUCUACCAUGAAAAAAUCGCAUGACUGUACAGCCGUAGCUCAUUAAAGCGAGUUUUUGUGAGUGUUACUUGAAAUAUACGACCCCCCCCCCCCCCCCAUUGACCCCUCGGUUAUGAUGUAUGUAAUCUAAAUAGACUUACAGUUAGUUAUAUUAAGCAAAAAUCUAUAUUUUUUCCCGUUGAUCAAUUUUUUAAAAAAUGCUCCGAAAAACCCUUGGAGGUAUAAAUCUAUCCUACCGGGAUCCAUGUUAUGAUUGUGCCAAACCAGCAUUGUUUUCCCCGAUUUUAUUUUUAUGUUAAGCAGUGGGGUAUCAUAUUAAACAAUUACCUUAAUAACUUGCUUCUAGACCAGACCAGUCCAGUCCAAAAGUCGUGUGAAGGUAGCGAACUUGUGAAGUAAAACAUUGCUGACAUCUACUGGUCAAUAAGUGUCAAACGAUUAAAGAAGUAUACUUA